AUGGUUGGUCGACUAGGUGGAUAUAUCGGGAACGACUGGGCUACUACACUUCCAUAUUCAGCUCCUGAGAAUAUGUUUCCUAGCAAAACUGGUACCUAUAUUGAGGUCGAAUCAAUGUUAGCAUUAUUUGUCAAAGACUGGGUUGAUCUCACCAUUGUGUUUUGGUUUACAUUGUACUUUUAUAAGGGGUCAGAGGCUAAAAAAGGCAACCGAUGCACCUUUUUAAAUGUGAACGCAAUCACAGGUGAUAUGUGCAAAAGAAAUCCUAGAGAGGUUGAAGAUCACAUUUUCAGUUUAGCGACUCAUCAUGUCGAUAAAGAUUUCAUUCUUGCACCGUAUUUGGCUGACGACCAUUGGUCUUUGUUCAUCAUUGCCCAACACAUAGGACAUGUAUAUAUUUUGGAUUCAACAAAGAUGAGAGGCGAAAAGAAUGCUUCUAAUUAUCGUCUUUCAAGCCUAAUUCCUACCGCCUUAGGAUCCGAGUUCAACUACACAAUGGUCGAUUGUAAGCAACAAAAGGGUGGAUGGGAAUGCGGCUACAUGGUUCUCCAACAUAUGUUUGACUUUGUCAAUUUGUAUCAAAACCAAUUUCCCGAUGAAACGUGGCACGACAUGAGAGAGGCUACGGAUAAUGAAAUAGAUGUUUUGUUGAUGACGUUGAUGCCGAAGCUUUUUAGCGAGUUAGGUCUAACAGAGUUUAAGUAG